UUCGUAAUUUCGAUUUUAUUCUAUUGUGUUAUUCAUCUCGUCAUAAACGCCUCUUCUGUCUGUAUCGACAAUGUCACGUGAAAACGGUUACCGUGGCAACAAGCGAUCAACAAGCUAAGCGAGUUCAACAUACGUGUUUCCGUUAUCUGUUUUCACUUAACCUAACAUUGACCAUCCUGGAUAACCUGUGCGACUUAACUCUUUAUAUACCGAUUUUAAUGAAACGUAAACGGAUUGAGUGAUUGAGCAAUUCACUUCCGGAACAAGAGCCGUUCUUAAAGUGUGCGGUCGCCGUCGAGCUCAAGAUCUGCUGCGCUUUAUUAUUCGUCCCGUUACUCUUAACUCUUUAACAGUCAUGAUCCUGAAUGAUGACUGUGGUUUUCCAGUGAUCUGAUCGGUACGAUGUUCUUUGAUUAGCCCCUUUGAUCUGAUUAUCUCGAACUUCGUGCCGUUCAGCGUGCGUUGCCAUGGUGAUGUAAGAAGCCUCGUCGGACGGAAAAACCUCAGAUUUAAACCUGAAGUUACCUCCCGAGUCGUGAAAGAAAUGCAUCGUGCUCGGGCGGAAAGUGUGAUCAAAAACAUUAUCCGUGGAAUAGUGCAGCAGUGUGCCGCGAAGGGACACGUCGUGUCGGACACUCUGGUGGCUUUCAUGGUGAAAACUGUUGUGCUGGACCCAAGAAAUGGAUUCAAUGUUGAUCGGACGCUGACAAAACAAGAUCUCCAGAAACUUGAAGAGCUGUGUCUGGGUAAACUCAAGGAACAGUGCAGCCCAUCCCUGGACACGAUCAAAAUGCAAGUGUAUUUUGAUAUGAAUUACACGUCCCGACGUGCGUUUCUGGAGGAAAUCCACCGGGUGGCGGAGUGCAGGCUCAACACAGUGAGCAGGGAGAUCACGGACAGCAGGGUGAAAACCCGGGAGGAACUAGAUGCUCUGUACCGCAAGAUUGUUACUUACAUCCUGCUGCGCUCCGCCAUGGGCUCACCCACGCAUGGCGACACCGUGCAAGAGGCCACAGCUGCCCUGCAGAGUGUCUUUCCUCCCACUGAGCUGGGAACCUUCAUGGUGCUGUUGAAGAAGGAGAAGGAGCAGCAGCUCCGUGAACUCACCAUGGUCGUGACGGGGAUCCGACUCUUCAACAAAGUCAGCAAGGGGGGAGCAGAGGAGACGGACCUCGACGAACCAAUGCCGCAGGUUCUCAAAGAAACUCUUCCUGUCGUCAGUAAAAGCAUCGAGGAGGAGCUGAGCGCGUCCCAGAGUUUGGCGUGGAAAUACACGGCCGCACAGGAGAAGCUGACGAACUCCGACAGUCAGCCCGAAGAGCGCGACGCGCCCGCUGUCUCGCUCAAACAGGCUCUCAGCAACGUCAGGCAGCACGAGGUUUUCCUCAAAAUGUUACUGGCAGAUGCACAUCUGUGUGCCAGGCAUGUAGAAUUGCUGCAGACGGAGCUCUCGUCACAGAUGAAGCUGCUGAGAGAAACUGUGCAGUCAAAGACGGCUGUUCCCACCGCAAAGGUUUUCCCACUGUUCAAGGCCCUGUCAAAGGCGUGGUCUGGACUUCAGGAUGAGGGUGAGCUGCUGAGCAUCCUCCGUAACAUCACGCUCAACCUGAAGCCCUUCCUUGCCUCUCAGGCCACGAUCGUUUCCGAAGCCUAUUUGAAUGGGCUGCUGGAGGCGUCAGAGGUGAAAACAGACCAACAGAGAAUGACUCAGUCCUCGGAGUGUAUUGUUCCGGCUGAGAUGAAGACACAGGAGUGGUUCCUGCCUGAAACAACAACCAGUUAUAAUGAUCUGUUGCUACAGUAUAAUGGAAUCUGUGGCUACACACUUGUGACCAGAGACGGGCUUCUGCUUCCAGGUAAUCCACACAUUGGAGUCAUGAGGCACAAAGAUAAACUUUAUGUUUUUAGCUCCAAAGAAGCUGCCUUGAAAUUUGCCACCAGUCCUGACUACUUCAUCGCAGAGGUUUUGGAAAAAGCCAAACUCUCCCCAGAACUCAUUCAGCUCCUCAAACUCCACCAACAGUUCUCCUGCGUCAGUCCGUACUCUGAGAUGCAGCCAGGAGAGAGUUUACUGGUAAAGCCCAUGAUCAAGUGUGAGAUCAGCACCCAGACUGACCUCCACCCCAUGGAGACAAACAUUGUCAGGUCAUAUGAGUGGAAUGAGUGGCAGCUCCGGAGAAACGCUAUCAAACUGGCUAAUCUCCGGACCAAAGUGACACACUCGGUGCAGUCUGAUCUGAGCCACAUGAGGCGGGACAACAACACUCAGACCUGGCUGCCCAAGGACGCCUCCUGUCAAGGCAAGAGAGAAGGUGGGAGCAGCAUGCCCAAUCCUCAGACCUACCUGGCAGGUCUGAGGGGACAAAAGGACGCACAUGUGGUCAAAAUAAACCUGACCAGACCUGUAGAUGAAUAAUCAAAGUGUGCAAAAAUGUUUCAAUAAAGGUUUGUUGCUGAGUAAAGUAAAA